AAGGGGAUUAGGGGGAACCGGGGGAGAACUUCUCCCGCCCGGACGGCACCAUGAGCUCCCUGGGUGGGGAGACCUCGUCGUCCGACGCCUCCUCUCCGCCCCCACAGGACGACGGCAUGAUGUGGUGGUACCGUUGGCUGUGCCGGUUGGCCGGGGUCAUGGGGGGCAUCUCUUGUGCAAUUUCUGGCCUCUUCAACUGUAUCACCAUUCACCCACUCAACAUUGCAGCUGGUGUGUGGAUGAUGUUAAAUGCCUUCAUUUUAUUUUUGUGUGAGGCACCUUUCUGUUGCCAGUUCAUCGAGUUUGCAAAUACAAUUGCUGACAAGGCUGACCGGCUAAGGUCUUGGCAGAAGGCUGUUUUCUACUGUGGGAUGGCAGUUUUCCCCAUAGUCAUCAGCCUGACUCUGACCACCCUCCUGGGAAACGCUAUUGCCUUCUGCACAGGCGUGCUUUAUGGACUUUCUGCACUUGGCAAAAAGGGUGAUGCAAUUUCCUAUGCAAGGAUCCAGCAGCAGAAGCAGCAGGCAGAUGAGGAGAAACUGACAGGGACCCUCGAAGGGGAGCUGUGAGCAUCUGGCCCAGGAUCGGGGCCUUCCUCUGUGGCCUUAAGAUGAGCCUUUCUUCUCUAGUUCCGGUUUGCUGGCCUUCACACCUUCCCUUUCUGUGGGAGGACAGACACUUGGUCAAAGUGGAGUGGAGAAGACAAGGACUAUGUGUCAGCACAUGGCAACUUUGAGAAAAGCAUUUAAUUAGAGAGUCUUGGACAGUGCCUAGUGUAUAGUGAGUGCUUGGGAAACACUAACUCAGGUGUUCCUGCCUCUCCAUCUUUCUCACCCUGUCAGUUGAAGACAUUCUUGCAUCCUUCACCAGACUUGCAUCUUUUGACCUGGAUCUGCCUAUUGACUCCAGGUCAGCCAGGGAUGAAAUUAACAAGGUCUGCGGCAGGCACUACAGAAAAUUGGAGCAGAAAUCAUGAAUCACAAGACAGGUCUGGAAGACAGGAGUCCUGUGGAAGAAGUUUGGCUGCCCAGCUUCCUGGGGCCAUGAGUUCUUCAGUUGGAAAUGGUGCAGAGCAAGCAACUUUCACAUUUGCUGCCCCUAUAGACUAGUUUGUGACUGGCUGCCAGAUUGACUUUCAUACUUAAUAUAUUUUGAAAAUUAUCUAAUGACCCAAUAGAGGUGUGGGAGUAAACACUGCUUCCCCAUUUCCACUACCUGAAACUAACUGAAAGAAUCUUUCAUCCCUGUUCUUCAGAGGUAGAAGAUACCUGGGAUUCUGGCCUUGCUGUACAGGACAGGGCAAAACAUUCCCAUUACAUCUGUUACAUCAAACUGACAUUCAAGGCCAUUUCUGAAUCAGGGACAAAGUGUGGUUCAGUGAUGGCAGGGGCUGCAUUUCAAGAGGCCAGAGUCUGGUUUUCAAUCUGCCUUCACUAGGAGUCAGGUUCAGGAGGUCAGGGCCAGAGCUAUCUGUAGGCAUGAGGCAUCAUCUUGAUCUUGGGCCCAGCUUAGCCUCCUAUUUCUUCCUCUUUGCCUUUUGUCCCUCCAUUUCCCCCACUUGCUACAUCAAGUUAUGGAACUUUGAAAGCUCUGGAUCCUUAUAAGCUGUCUGUAAAGGAUCUUCCAGUUUCUCUGAUCACCUCUUCUUUAUAUCUCACUGGGGAUGCAAAAGGCUUUGGAGUGAAAAGAUAGACUUGAGCUUAUUAAUAUGUGAGAUGUGUCUCCUCCCAGUAGUUUCUUUGACCCUACCCUGGUAGUGCUGGGGUCAGCUGGAGCUCAGGGCUAGGAUAACUGGCUACUGUGCUCCCCUCAGCAUGCUACAGGCCCAGGAAGGUUCUUGACUGGUUCCUACAGGAGGGAGAAUAACCUGAAACCAUGGGAAGUGUUGGGGGAAGAGCAGUCCCAGUGAUAUUCCCUUCACUUACCUCUGAAUUUUCAUGGGAUUUUAUGCAAAUCACUCUACAUGCCAUCCUGCCUGUCACUUGGUGAUUCCCCAUUGGCCUCCUGGGACCAGGGGGUAGCCAAGCCCCGCUAUCAGCAGGAGGUGCUUGGUGCUAAGGUGUACAGAGAAGCACUCCUGAGCCUUCCUCUAGGUGAGCCUAGAGCAGGGGCUCUGAUGCAGGUCUUCUUCAGUGACCCAGGUCCCACAUGUGUGGGAAAUAGCUCAAGUCAAUUUAGAACUGACCAAAAUAGAACCUUCCUCUAUGGCCUCUUGGACUGUAGUUUUGGGUUCAUUAUCUCUGAAGAUGGAUCUGUCUUUCAGACCAAUGGGGAUGUGGGCAGAAAUCACACCAGCUGACUCCGAAGCCCAAAGUCCCUACUUGUACCAUCCAUUCUUAAAUGUUUGCACUUGCUGUUCUUUCCCAUGUUGAGAUAUAUUCCCCGCAUUAUACCUUUUCUUCCUCCAAGCCCUCAAGCCCAGUGAAUCAUCUUGUAUGAGCUACAGUAGAGAUGCAGGUGUCUGGUAAUGAAUCCAGGGUGAGAUAUAUGGCAUACUACCCCAAAUUAAAGGCAGGAAUGGUGGUUUUGGCCUGAGGCUGCUCUACAUUGUGGCAUUAACAUCUGUCCUAGAUUGGGAUCUGGGCAUGGAGAGGAAGCUCACGUUAGAAUCAUUUCUUCUUCCACCACAAGCUAUUUGCUUCCUGGACUACUCACUAAUCUCAUUUGCCACCCUUCCUUUUCAGACAUAUCUCCUCCAGUGCCUGUGACUUCAAACUACACAUCACUACAGUAAUCAUUCAGUCUUUAUGCAAUGGUCUGAUCUGAGCUGGUAUAAAAGUUUCACUUGAUCCUAUCUUAUGCUGGGACAAGAAUGAUCCUCUCUGGAGUUCCUUUGGUCACUGGCCCUAAAGGACUUCCAGGGUUGCUGCUGAAUGGGGAGUACUAGAGGACAGCCCAGCCAAGGCAUGAAAUAGACCCAUGCACUUAGUUGUGCCAGGUUGGCUUGGGGAAGGUGGGGGGAGGCUGGGGAUAUGGGUCCUCUGCUAAUAUUUCAGAAGAUUUUACCUUGUGGGAAGGUGUUUCACACCUUCCUUUCUUCUUGCUGCAAUUUUAAUUACUUACUGAUUCCAGGUAGAUCUGGGAGUUAGGUAUAGAGAACAGACUUUAUCUGUCACCUUCCAUCCCUCAAGGGCUUUGGACUUAGCUUGUGAGAGUACAAACUGUUUGGGAGCUGGACACCCAAACUGAGCCAUUGUGUGUAUCUCUAGGAGAAUUUAUAUCCCAGACUUCCCCACUGGCAAGGUCAUUGCUCACUGGAAUUCAUCCUAACCUUUGAGUUUUUGACCAGAUGAAACCUUUGGGGGUUUGUUGCUGAUGUUACUCUUUUGUAUUUUUUAAGACAAUGAUAUAACUGACCUCUACCUGUUUGCGUCCUGUGGCCUAGGUGGCUUCUUCCUAUCACUUAUCAGUAUCCUUAACUGACAUCCAGGUCACUGAUGGCAGCAGUCAGCAUUUAUUAGUCCCUAGGACAUGUAAGGACCUGUCACUGUUAAAAUUUUCAGAAGAACUAGUGUAGGCCCUUAUAGUGGGCCAGGCCUUAUUCCUUUUUGGGUGCAAAGGGAUUGAUUGAUCCCUAUAUAAUAUUUUAUAUCGGCUAUCAGAGGCCCAACUAUUGUACAAGUAAAAACACUAUAGAGCUGGUACAUCUCAAGCAAGAAAGAGUCAUAAUAAUGUCUAACAUAUAACACUAGUCAUAAUCUCACAGGAGCCUUGUGACCAGGAAGGGCUGAGUAAUGGUUGGAUGUUAAACACUUCAUCAGGAGCUGUGGGCAUCCUGGACAGUGUCACUAGAAGUGCAAAACUAGAUAAGUGAGGCAUUAAACCUUUUCUAGAAAAUGUUAGAUCUCCCCAUUGUCACAGUCAUGGUAUGGUUGACUUUGUGGAAACAGGUAAGCAUAUUAGUAUGGAACCAUACUGUCCACAGAGCCAGAUCAAGCUUAGUCUCAGCAAGCUAUUUAAGGAUAAAAUGAGAUUUGGCUCUCUGGAGAAAGUCAUAUGUGCCUUCAGGGAGGUAGCCCAUUUCUCUUUGGAGAUAUUUUUUAGUUCACGGAUCACUACAGUGACCCUCAGCCAUAAGUGGCCCAAACAGGAUCUGAAGAGCAUUGUAUUGAGAGCAUUGUUGGAGAAGGCAGCAAAUGCUUGCAGGAUUAUCCCAUCUUUUUGUGUAUGCAGUGAAGACCAUUCUACCUCCUUAUAGAGUGAAGUGGGAGAUUUCUGUCGUCUUUUUGAAAAAUCAAGCAAAAACUAAGCAGCAGAGAUCUCACUCCAGAGGGGUUGCAGUAUACAGAGGAGUCUGGUAGUGGAUCUGAAUGAUUCUCCUGUCAGGCCUACAUUUGCCUUUCUGGCCCCUUUGACGGUUUGUAUUGUCUGCCUAUCUAUAUAUAUACUACUGUAGUUCAGGCAGUUACUCAGGGAAUUCAGGUGACAUUUAGGUUGAGUGUUAUGACACCUUAUUCCUGUGCUCUGUUUAAGUUUGCUAGUGGAUACCAAAUCCCUGAGAAGCAGCCUUCAUAAGGUGGGCAGACACCAUCCUCAGGGGUUGCUGUGAGUGUCCAACCUAAACCAAGAAAGGAGGGUGUUUGUUUUUCAGACGUGAGGAUUUUGGUGCAUUGGUGCUUUGAAUCGGUGAUAAAAUUGGAAGGAAUUUUCAAGGUCAUCUAGUAGAACUCUCUUAACAGAUGAGAUUGUGACCCAGAGAGGAGAGAUGUCACGUAGAGUUUAUGGCAAAAGCCAAGACUAGUACCCAGGUUUCCUGCUUCACAGGCCAGUGUUCUUCCCAUUGCACUAUAUAAUAUCCAAAAUAAAGGGCAAAGGGAGUCUGAGGAAGAUCUGUCUAUCCUGAGCCACGGGGGGUUUUGCUGUAGACUUGAAUAUUUAUUUCCUCUUCCAGAAUUUUUUCUAUCUAGAUUUUCCUUGUUUAGGUUUCCAGUGUAAUUUGCAUUUUGAGCAAUAAAAUGUGGCAUUUGUCA